AUGGGAGAAAUUGUGGAAAAACGACGUGUGGUAAUCACGGACGAGAAUCUGGGCCCCGUUGUGAGCAUUGUGUCAAUUGAACUGCUAAUACUUGUCAUUAUCACGGUAUUUGCACGGCUUUGUAUUCGAUAUUUCCCCAGAAGACAACUCUCCCUGGAAGAUGGCCUUAUUGUCGUCGCAGCUGUGAGUAGGAAGCAAAUUCCGUUUUCUGACAAUUUGACAAAAGGGUGUGAACAUAAUAUUGACCUGGCUUUUCAGAUAUUCAGUAUUGGGGAGCUUGUGACAGUUCUGGGUCUCGAUUCGAAUGGCCUUGGAUCCCCGAGACGGGUUUUGAGUGCAGAACAGGUACUUCUUUUCGAGAAGUAUUUCUAUUCGAAUUACAUACUUUAUGUCUUGAACCUUGGACUUUCUGAGAUAUCUAUCCUACUUCUCAUCCGCAACCUCACCCCGGUAAAGAAACAAAAGAUUGCCAUAUUGGUGUUGAUUGCGUUCACGGCGCUGUGGGCUGUCGUUAGUGUCUUUGCUUUACUAUUUCAAUGCCAUUCGCCUCAUGUUUGGCGAUUUAUCAACAACAAAUGCAUCCAUAGGGUAAGUCUUCCCCAGCCAACUUGCACAGACCAUGCUCUAACAAACAUGAUAGGGUUCAUUCUGGAUAGCUUAUACUGCUGUUCACGUCAUUACAGAGCUUGCUUUAAUUAUAUCAUCUGUGGUAUUGAUUUGGGACCUCAAACGGUCGAGGGGAACCAAAGCGCUGGUGAUAGUCCCCUUCACACUUCGUAUUCUGUAAGCAAAUACAUGCACAAAUAUUUUCCCCAGAAGCCCAUGCCUGACAGACUCCCACAGUGUUCUCGUACCUGCCAUCGCACAGCUUGCAUAUUUUCUACCCACAAAUAACUCGACCGACCCAACAUUUGACCUGUGGACGUCUGUCCUCUGCUCACAGAUCACACAGGCGGUCAACAUCGUCACAGCUUGCUUCAUUCAAGUGAAGCCAUUCAUCACCUCUCUCCACUCUGGCCUCUUACACAACAAUGAUGAGCGGAGAAGAAUCCGGCAGGGUUCCCGUAGUGCGUCAAACUAUGUCUCGCUAAGCGCCAAAGGAGUUAUUCGGAGUAAUCGCACGGGUCCAGACGCGAAGGCUUUGACAUCUGAAACCAGAAAUCAGUUCUCAGGCGGCAGAGAUCCCUGGGAUCAAUACGAUGAGGAUGCAAUUGAGCAAGUUGAGACCCAGACCCCAUUCAAAAAUCUCACGAGAGCGGAAACUGAUGAGCAGCCAGGAGCGCGAACGUUAGUGUGCCCGCCAGAAAGUCGUCAACCCCACCUGUUGGCAGUGACAUUCGGCAGACUACGAGCAUUACUGUUGAGUACUCAGACAGAAAGGAGGGCGCAUAG